GCCUUGAAUAUUUUUUUCGAAACGUGUGUACACAUUGUUCCAUCUGUUGAAUUGUUGAUAUUAUUUGUUUAAUAAUAAAUAAAAUCGUUUAUAAUGAAUAAUGUGGCUCACGACUAUGCGAAAAUCAUACAGAGCGCCGAUCUGGAAAAGGAGAUAAACCCGCUCUGCACGAACAUCGAUGAUAUGCUGGCUAGACUGGAUGAAUUUGAAACUUUGUUGGCUUCGGUGCGUGCCGAGUCCAACGGAAUGAUGGCUAAUAACGUCUGCAGUAUCCUAGCGUUUAGCGAAAACUUUGACCAACUACGAACAAGGAUCGACAGCCUGGAGCAGUUCGUGGGAUGUGUCAGUACCAAUUUGGGUGAAGUGGAAAGAGCUGUGGACAUAUCCGAGGAGGAGCUCCACGUCACGGACUACAGCAUCAAGGGCUUGCUGAUCAAACCCUUAAAGGCGAAGCUCACUGCCAGCGAUUCGUCCAACUCCUCCGGCCAACCCAGAACUAACCUCAUAGACGGCCAAUUCCAGCCCGUGAAAGUCUACAAAUCCGAUGAUUAUUUUGGAAAGGUCGAGGAAGAAACACCGGCGGAGAUGAUACUGUCAGGACAAUUAGAUUAAUAAAAUUAUGUUUUUUGUUUUAUUAGAAAAUGUGGUUAAUAUUAAGGGGAAUAAAGAAACUAUAAAUCUAGCAAAA